GGCAUAAAACCCCUCUCCAGGUACAAAUGCUGUCCCAAUCUCUAUUUCCCCAAGGGAAAUUUCGAACUCAACAGCAGAAACAAUGGUCUCGACACGAGCAGCUCAGACUUCACCUCGCACCUCGUCCAUAACCUCUAUUACCCUCUCUCCAGAAGAACUCUCAACCAAAACCCUCGCUCCCCGCCACCUUCAAGCAGCCCUCGAAGCACUCCAUCGUGAUGGCAUACCUCUUCUCUCUAACGCGAUCCCAACAUCCGACCUCGACAUCCUCAACUCGCGCAUGGUCCCCGAAGCAAAGCAUCUCUACGCCCUCUCCACUACCCACCGUACAACCUACGAUUCCGAAAGGAGCGUUGAUUAUAAGGGAUUUGAGGCUAUGGUAUGCGGGAAUGCCGAAUCAGAUGGAGGAACCGAGAGUCAUGCUCGUUUCCAUACAUUUCUCUGGCUGGUAUAGGACUGAGCGAAAGAUUUUGCUGCAAGAGAGUGUGAAGGGGAAGAUUGAGUGGGGGCAUUUGGUGCCGUGUGUGGAAUGUGUGCUGGAUGGGUAUGAUUAUUUGCAGGGGCAACAUGACCAUGAUUUUGAUUUGUUGCCCUGAUGAGAUGGUAAGACAUGAAGUGGUGAGUUCGUUGUAGGCGAUUUGUGGUAGUGUUGGACGAGCGAAGGCCCAGUGGUCGUUGAUCUCAGGAUAUAACGUCAAUAUAUAUAUUAUUUUACCAAGUCCGAUGUGUACUUUAUUUCA